ACCAACUGGUGAGAAAAGAAGCGAACUAAGUAGAGUCACUAAAAUCCUGUUAAAAACACUCAAUAUUUAUUCUUCCCUUUGAAAGUACUUUAGAUACUUUUAGAUUAAUAACUGUUGGUGGUGUAUGUUAGGAUUUUAAGACCAUGAGCGAAGCAGUAGUUAAAGAAACGGCUACUCAAGUCAAAGAUAGCAACGACAAAAAGGAUUUGAAGAAGGAGAGUAAAGCAGUGGAUGUUAUAACGGAUGUAAUAUCUGAAAAGGAAGGCGACCAGAUAGAAAAUGGUACACAAGAGGUUGAAGAAGUCAAAAAGAGAGCUGGGGUACCAGAAGAACUGGCUCCAAAAGAAGUACCUUCAAGUCAUGGUGAGAAAGAACCCAGUGUUGAUGAACAAGAUGACAAAGAGAGUGAAGAUCAGAAGGACAGUGAGAGUCAAACUGAGAAAGGCGUAGAAUCUACUGAUAAAAAUGAAGAUGAAGCUAGUGUAGACCAGAGUCAAGAUGGUGGUAAUGUAGAAGAAGAUUCUGAAGGAUAUACCUCAGAAGAUGAUGAUGAUGAUGAUGAUGACUCAUCUGAUUCUGAUUCGGAUUCUGACGAGAGCUCUGAGUCAGCUGAAGAAAGUGAUUAUGAAGAAGACUCUGAGGGUGGAAAUGAAGAGGAAGAAGAAGGUGUAGCUGAUAAAAAAGAUGAAGAAAAGGAAGAAGAAAAAGAGGAUACGCAAGAGGUUGAAGAAGAGAAAAAAGAAGGUGAGGAAGAAGAAGAAGAGGUGAAGAAGGAUCCAGCAUUUGUUCCUCGCCGACAAGACUUUUGGUCUCAUGAUGACCGUUGGGAUGACACACCAAUAGAAGAGUCAAGAGAGAGGCCUUCAAAUAGAAAGCUAUGGAGUACAACAACAGCAUCUGAUAAAUGGUUACAUGAUAUGUAUAAUGAAGAUGAGCAAAUGCCAAAGACAAGAGAGGAACUAAGGUUAUCACAAGGUGCUCAAAGAAGAGGAGCUGGUCGCUCUAGAGGUAGACGUACGUAUGAAUUACAAGAAUUUAUUAAUGACAAAAGCAGAAGACGAAGGAUGCCCCAGAGGGGGAUGGGAGGUAUGAGAGGUGGACGGUCACCACAGAAUGAUGAAGGUGUGGAAGAUGAUUAUGGAGAAAGGAGAGUAGAGCACGAAGAAGAGGAAACUAGAGAUAGAAGGAGAGACAAAGAACAAGAUGAUGAAUACAGAAGCAGGAGAAGGAAAGAUGAACCACAGGAAAGAGGAUUCAGAAAUAGGAGAAGAGAUGAAGACGACAGAAGACAAUAUGAAGAACAGGAAAAUGAAUAUGAGAAUCGAAGAAGGAGAGAUGACAGACCAGAAAGAGGAGUCAGGAAUAGAAGGACAAGAGAUGAACCAGUUGAGGAAGAGGAGUAUGAUGGCAGAGAAAACCAAAACAGAAACCAACGUAGAAAUCAACCAAGAAAUAGAAGGGGCAAUAGACAAUCUUAUGAUGAAGAAACAAGAGAUAAAGAGGGUGAAUAUGUAGGUGAUAAUAGUGAAGAUCAUUAUCAAGAUUCACGUUGUAGAGGUAGAAGAGGUGAAAGAUUAGAAGAAAAAGACAAUAGAGGUUUUGCAAAAACACAUUCUUCACCUGAACAAUAUGAUUAUCAGGAUAAUAAAACAAGACAGAGAGGGAAUAAUAGAAGAGAAAGGAGAGGGGAAUCAAGAAAUGUUGAAGAGGAAUAUCCUGAUAGAUCAAGUUGGAAAAGUAGUCAAAGAGGUGAUAGAAACAGGAGAAGAGAUGAUGGUGAUAAUGAAAGGGAUGACAGCAUUCGAAGUAACAGAGAUAGAAGAGACAGAAGAGAAGAUAGAUCAAGAGGAAGACAACACGAUGAUCAAGUCCAAACUAAAGAACCAUCGCCAGCAGAAAGCAAACCAUCCAAAGCCUAUAGCCAAUCCAGGGGGAGAGGAAGGGGAAGAGGCAGCCCAAGUGAUGUGAAGAAGGCACGAAAGAGUGCUGCUGACUUUAUGAGGGAAAAAGAACUUGAAAAGAAAAAAGAAGAGGAGGAAAAGGCAAAACAGGCAGAAGAGAAAUUUGAAGAUGCUGACAGUGAUGUUAUAGUAGAGAACGAUGAAGACUAUGAGUAUGAAGGUAGACCAACUGAAGAACAGGCUGACAAACAAGAAGAAACAUCUCAUAGACAGAGUCCUGCUGUCCAACAUAGCAGACCUCACCCGACCACUGAACCAACUCAGACCAGCAAACCCAAGCGGUAUUCAUCACAGCGUCAAAGGAUGUCCCAACAGACUGCCCCACCUCCAGCAGAAUCCUUCCCUGAACAGAUGGGACAGGUUAUGGCUGACGGAUCUUAUUAUGACCAGCUGGCCUAUCAGGAACAAGAGAUGUUUGUUUCACCGGCCUAUCAAGAACAAGAGAUGUUUGUGUCCCCGGGCACACCUCCGAUACAGAAUAUGGGAAUAAUGACAUCACAGACUAUGCAAGGUGAUGAGAAUGAAAUCCGUCAAGACCUUAACAUGCAGCAUGCACAAGCAUUAGGACCUAUGCAGCAUGAAAACAUGAUGCAACAGCGACUAGCAGCCAUGCAACAGAAUUCUAUGAUCAACCAAGAAGGUGGUAUUCCUCCAAGAAUGAUGGCACCAAUGUCUGGAAUGAUUCCACCUCAAAUGCAACCUCAACAAGGUAUGAUUCCGGGUGCCAUGAUGCCUCCAAUGUCACAGGGUAAUGCACAGAAUGGUAAUGUACAGUCUACGUCAUUAACGCAGAUGAAUGUGCACCCCAAUUAUUCCUCGGCACAAGUCUAUCCAGGACAGAAUAUGAUGUACGCUAAUUCUCAAUAUCCUGGUAUGAUGGGAAUGGUUCAUCCGUUUAUAGCUCAACAAAUGUAUGGUAUGCCUGUGCAAGGCAAUCCCUAUUACUCUCAGCCACUGUUUCAGCAACCAGUACCAGAACAACAGCAGCAGCAGCAGCAGCAACAACAACAAAGACGAAGGCCUAACGCUGCUAUCACAAUAAAAGCACCUUCUGAAGCCUAACUCGCCUCAACUUGUCGUAUAGUCUCAUGUACAUGUAUACCUACUGCAAGCCGAGUUUAGUAUAUAUGUGGCUGUUGCCUUUUGGGUCAGUGACUGAUGGUCUACCGAGCGUGAAGGGUCGACAGUCGUAUUUUAGUGUAUGCACAUUGUUGAUAAAAAGGUCAUAAUAUGAUAUAAGAAUGGGUUGGAAAACACGGCGAUGCAUGUUUUUUAUUCUACUAAAUGAGUAUUACAUUAGGUUUGCCAGUGCCUCAGAAAAAUGCCCAGGAAGUAUUCUUGGGGUGCAACCAUUCAAAAUCCCCACGAUGAAACAGCCGCCAUGUCGGUGAACCUAAAAAGAAAAGUCAAUGGGGAAUGCUUUGUUAUCGUCUACCAACAUGGCGGCUUUGACGUAACACACACCCCAAGCCGUUAUAUAUUAACUGAGUUCCAAACUUUUAAGUCUAAACAAGAACAGAUCAGUUACAUCUGAAGAAUGCAAAUUAUUUUAUCAAAAUCUAAAUAGCUGUAUAGGACUUUUAUGACGUAACAAGUGAAUAUGAAGGAACUACUCUAACACCGUAUAAAAAAGCUAAUUAUACUAGUAUGCUAUCAUAGUUUUAACUUGUUUACACAGUAUUUAAGUUCCCCUUUUAGGUAAUAACCACUAGUGAUCUUUUUACAAUGUAUAUACUACAAACUCUAUGAAAAUGUGUUUAGAGAUUUGAACAAUUUUCAUUUAAAAUAUUUCUUUUACAAAAUGAUGAUCUUACAGUUUCUUAUUCUUGCACUUUUUGAUCAAAAAUAUCACAUUUUACACGGCGAUAAUAAGCGUCUAAUGUCUAGAGGCAAUUAUAUAAUAGUUAUAGAAUACUGACAAAUAUUUUCAAACUUUUUAUGUCGGUCCGGUGUUUAUUUUUGUUUUGUUUCGUGUUUGGUUUUCACAUUUCUGUUCGUGAGUAGGAAGCGUUUUCACUUUAGUCAUUAUUAAUAAGAAAUAAACAAAAGAAAUCGGGCUUAACCGCUUAAUCUUUUUCUACGUUUUGAAAUUAUU